CCCGCUCAUGAAGUUAUGCUGUUAUUCUCUCUCGACUGUUUAGCUUCCUUCUUUAGUCCUUCCUGAAGCAUUUGUUGGUGCCGGAGGACCAUGCGCUUGGGUGCACAGCGCAGUAUUUGUCACCCUUGCAACACGUUCUGCAAUUGCAGUUUUGCAGGAAGCCGUUACAGGAAGUCAGAAAAAAAGGCCAGCUCCAAGACUUACAACGCUUGCCGUUGGCAUCUGUGGGCACACCCAAGCGGACGGCCACUAGUCCAACCAAUGGAGGAACACCAUGCAUUUAUUUGGGUGGAGAUGAAUCCAAAAUAAUGGUAGAACAAGAGAGGGAAAACGUGCAGAACCAACCGCUGAAUAGAGAAGGCAGAGUCUUUUGGGGUUCCUUUCUCUCAUAAAAGCAGAAAAGAGUAAUCCAUCAGUAAAGAGGGAAGUGAUGGCAGACUUGGAUCCCCUUCCGGAACCGGAUGAGGCCGAGACUCCCUUGGUACUCAGUGAUGGGGCCGCAAGGAUGGCACUUGUGGCGGAGGAUGCUUCUGAGAUGCUGUGCAUGAACAAUUCUGAUGGACCAGAAGAUUACGGAAGUGUGGGAGAUCUGGCGGAGCUGCAGGAAGUGUUGAUGGGCCAGGACCUGGAUGUGGAAGAACACGAACUCAUGAGCAUCGAGGACAUCGGAGAGCGUUUCCAGGAGUGCAUUGAAGCGGUGGAAGAGCUGGAGAAGGAGAGGGACCGACUGAUCGAGGAGCUCUCGCUCCUAAGGGAACCGGCCCUCGAGGAGAUCCGGAAGGCCCACCAAGAAAUCCUGGAGGCCUACCGGUUGCAUGCCAAAGUGGAGCUGGAGAGGAGCAACCUGCGGGACGAGAUCCGGCAAGUGAAGCGGAAGCUAUUCCGGGUGACCCGGGAGUGUGUGGCCUGCCAGUACCAGCUGGAAACCCAGCGCCAUGAGGUGGCCCAGUCUGCUGUCUACCAGGAGGAGUUGGAAGGUCGGAUCCGUCAACUCUCAGAGGAGCUCUCCCAGCUGCGGGAGGCCUGCGAGAAGGAGAAGGAGCGCUUCCGGCAGAGGCUGAGGGCCCCUCGCCGUCGCAGAGACAGCGUCUACCUGCAGGAGAGCCGCCGCCUGUCUGCGGAGUUCGAGACCUUUGUCCUGGAGAGCCGUCAAGGCCUAGAGGAACAUUACGAGCCUAGGAUGAUGCGCCUCUUGGAGCGGCAGGAGGCCAGCCGUGUGGCUCUGCGGGAGACACAGGGUGAGGUCCACAGGCUCAAGGAGGCACUGCGGCCGCUGCGGGGAGAAGUCAGCCAGCUCCAGCUCCAGAACCGGAGCCUAGAGGAGCAGAUCCUGCUCAUCCGGCAGAAGCGGGACGAAGAUGUGCUGCAGUACAAGGAGCAAGUCGAGGAGAUGGAAGAAAGGCUGAGAGAACUCAAAAACGAAGUGCAGCUCCAGCAGCGAAAAAACCAAGAAUUGGAAGAGCUGAGGGCCAGUUUACACCAGGAGCUAUCCAUUUACAAGGACUGCUUAGAAAUCUAUGGACAACUGUGCAAGUCCGAAGCUAAAGGAGGACAAGACUGAAUCAUGAACUCACAAGCCUGGAUAGUCUUAUUUACUAUUGCAGUCUCCUGACUACUAAGUAGUAGCCAAUGGGCAAGAAAUCCAACUAUGAUGGAUUCCAUCAUUUUAUACAACAAGGAGUUGUGAGUGAUCUUCUCGUUUUUGGAGCUACGCUGGAUAGAGGUCAUGUCAAGAUAUGUAUUAUGCAGAACUCCAUGAUAAGAAAAUAUGGGCCUAAAUCCUACUUAGUUCAAACUAGACCCACCAAAUCGAUGCAAUUGAGUCAUGUUUACUAUUUGAUCUAAUGGGUGUGUUUUCAUUGGGAUUAACCAACAGGAUUCAGGCCUGGCCUCAGGGAUAGCUCCAUAUUGAAAAUACUGUCUAUGCCCAACAUGUUGGCAUGUUUGCCAACAUUGCUUUAUUUUUGUCCUUCAAGCCAUCUGCUUGUAAUUGGAACCUGUUAUGGAACAAGACACUGAAAUAGAAUUAAAUGUUUUUUAUAAACAAGUCUUUUAAAACAAC